UAUUAUAGUAUCCGCAAAAUACGCUUUAUAUAGAUCGAAUAAUCUCAUUCUCUUGGCUGAGUUUCCAAUUAUUUAUUUAUUUAUUUUAUUCUCUUUUCAAAAGCUUUGGAUUUGCGACUUUCAUUCAGACACACACCAUCUUUGCCUCCUCCUCUUCUCUGCUCUGCUGCUUUCACCAUCUCUCUCUCUCUCUCUAUCUCUCUCUCUCUAUCUACACAUUGAAGCCGGAGAUGUCUUUAAUUUGACUUUGUCCCAACCAGAUCGCCAAUUUCUCUCUAAGAUCCAAUUUUAAAGGGGUUAAAAAAUUACAGUCAAAUCAUGGCAACGAAAGGGAAUCCAGGAGACAAUAGAACCAGGAGUUCCGUAUCUAUCUUUAUUGUUAUUGGGCUAUGUUGUUUCUUCUACCUUUUGGGUGCAUGGCAAAGAAGUGGCUUUGGUAAAGGAGAUAGCAUAGCUUUGGAGAUAACAAAAAAGGCGGACUGUAGCAUCCUUUCCAAUCUCAAUGUUGAGACUCAUCAUGGCGAUGAAGCUGGGACUGUUGAUGAUUCAAUAGAAUUGAAGGUUUUUGAGCCGUGUGAUGAUCGCUACAUUGAUUACACUCCCUGCCAAGAACAAAUGCGGGCAAUGACGUUCCCUCGAGAAAAUAUGAACUACAGGGAGAGACAUUGCCCUCCAGAGGAAGAGAAGCUGCAUUGCCUUGUUCCGGCACCGAAGGGAUAUGUAACUCCAUUUCCAUGGCCCAAGAGUCGUGAUUAUGUUCCGUAUGCAAAUGCGCCAUAUAAGAGCUUGACGGUUGAGAAAGCAGUUCAGAACUGGAUUCAAUAUGAAGGCAAUGUGUUUAGAUUCCCAGGUGGUGGAACACAGUUUCCUCAUGGCGCAGAUGCUUAUAUUGAAGAACUUGCUUCAGUGAUUCCGAUGGACAAUGGAAUUGUUAGAACUGCAUUGGAUACUGGUUGUGGGGUUGCAAGUUGGGGUGCAUACCUGUUCAAAAAAAAUGUCAUAGCUAUGUCAUUCGCACCAAGAGAUUCGCAUGAAGCACAAGUUCAAUUUGCUUUGGAAAGAGGCGUGCCAGCAAUUAUAGGUGUUCUUGGAACAAUAAAGCUACCAUACCCAUCAAGAGCGUUUGACAUGGCUCACUGUUCUCGUUGCCUGAUUCCAUGGGGUGGAAAUGAUGGAAUGUACAUGAUGGAAGUUGAUCGAGUUCUUAGACCUGGUGGAUACUGGGUGCUUUCAGGUCCACCCAUCAACUGGAGGGUAAAUUAUGAAGCAUGGCAGCGCCCAAAAGAGGAACUUGAGGAGGAACAGAGGAAGAUUGAAGAGAUUGCCAAAUUUCUUUGCUGGGAAAAGAAGCAUGAGAAGGGUGAAAUUGCCAUCUGGAGGAAAAGAGUAAACAAGGAGUAUUGCUCUGAGCGAGAAUCUCGUGCGACUAUGUGUGACUCCACAAAUCCAGAUGAUGCCUGGUACAAGAAGAUGGAGGUUUGUGUAACUCCUUAUCCAGCGACUAAUGGUCCAGAUGAAGUUGCUGGUGGUGAACUGAAACCAUUUCCAGAUAGACUUAAUAGUGUUCCUCCCAGGAUAGCCAGUGGGUCCGUCCCUGGAGUCUCUGUUGACUCAUUCCACGAUGACAACAAAUUAUGGAAGAAGCAUCUGAAUGCUUAUAAGAGGGUCAAUAAGAUUAUUGACACCGGGAGAUAUCGCAAUAUUAUGGAUAUGAAUGCCGGGUUAGGAAGUUUUGCUGCUGCAAUUGAAUCUCCCAAAUUGUGGGUUAUGAAUGUUAUGCCAACAAUAGCUGAGAGAGACACUCUUGGUGUUAUAUAUGAACGGGGCUUGAUAGGCAUAUAUCAUGAUUGGUGUGAAGGCUUCUCCACGUAUCCGAGGACUUAUGACCUUAUUCACGCUAAUGGUGUAUUCAGCUUGUACAAGGACAAGUGCAAUGCAGAGGACAUUCUUCUAGAAAUGGAUAGGAUCCUACGACCUGAAGGUGCAGUUAUAUUCCGUGACCAAGUGGAUGUGCUAGUCAAGGUGAAAAGACUCGUGGCGGGUAUGAGGUGGAACACCAAAAUGGUGGAUCAUGAGGAUGGCCCACUUGUCCCUGAGAAGGUGUUGUUUGCAGUUAAACAGUACUGGGUUGCUGGGGACAAAAACUUCACAUCAUCGCAGUGAGCGCCGAAUCUCGGGGGAGAUUCUGGCAUGAUUGAUCAACCAGCAAUGCUCUGUUAUGUGUGAUUUGAGUCCAAAGGGGCACUGGAAAAAUUAUCAAGCAGAGGUGGCCUACUUCUCCAAUUUUCUUGGUAAUUUAUUGAUCCGUGUUCUUCUGUAGUAGUUUAGAUUAAGCUAAUUCAUUGUCAGCUGCGAUUCAUUAUACAUUUUUUUAUAAAUGUUUUUCGCCAUCUUUGAUUUUCUUCUACUUUUCUCUUUCUUUUUACCCUUUUUGUUUCAUGUUUCUGGGCUUUUGGUAUGGCCCUGUUAAGUUCUGUAAACAGACCCUAAGGUUAUUCUAAAUGUUAUUUAUUAUUCAAUUUUCCUCCAA